ACCUGGAAUAGCAUCUUUAAUCAAGCAUUGUCGUCCGCCGCAGAGUGCCUCGUGGUCAGAUCUCUCCCCACACACCGAGAGGUCCGUAACCUCCUUGUCCAGCGCUAAGGGCUUUUUAUUUACAAUCAGUUUAUUGGCAGAGGAGCAGCCACAAGCACACAGGCUGUGUUCCAAAAAUGGCACUUGCAAUCCUAUGGAAGUGCACCACGUUUGACCAGGGACCAUAGUGCUCUGGCCAAAAGGUAGGGCACUCUAUAGGGAAUAGAGUGUCAUUUGGGACACAGGCACUGCAUGAUUUCUGUUAUAAUCGUGACUAGUGGAGGUUUAAAAGGCCAGUCUAUUUAUGAGAGCCACACUCACCACUGUCAUGUUCCUCUGAUUGGUUCAAUUAAAGAGGCUCUCAAACAACACUCAGAACCCUGGCUGUGACCAAACAGCCUGCCGCACUGAAGAGGAAGUAGGGCUGGAUGGACUGUUAACUGGGUUUAGGACUCUGCCCAAACAGCCUGCUGUGGGUCUCUCUGCCGCACUGAAGAGGAAGUAGGGCUAGGAUGGACUGUUAACUGGGUUUAGGACUCUUCCCAAACAGGCAGUUAACCCACUGUUCCCUGGUAGGCCGUCAUUGUGAAUAAGAAUUAGUUCUUAACUGACUUGCCAAGUUAAAUAAAUCUCUCGUCUACUUUUAGCCUUAUCCACAGGCUAAACCGGUGCCCCAGAGUCGAAUCAUUGUAUCAGCAAGAUUCCUGAAACCCAUCAAAGAGCCCUGUUCGAUUUUCGUGGUAGCGAAUGGUGAUGUGUUGACCCCAGCAUUAAGACUGCUGAUACCCCAACGGAUACUGGACCAAUACGACAGGGUUCUGGAGAUGAUCACUGACAAAAUGGGUUUGAGAAUCCUGGGGUGUGUACGAAGCCUUUACACCUUUGAUGGAAAUCAUGUGAACGAGGGAAAGGACUUGGAGAGUGGACAGUUUUACGUGGCUGUUGGGAGAGACAAGUUUAAAAGACUUCCCUACAGUGACCUUCUGUUCACCAAACCAAGGGGAAUACGAAGGACUACAGGAUCUAAAGCUUCCUCAUUACCUCCCAUUUACACAUCUGGAAAGCAGAACAGAAACAGUUUGACGGUGCACCAUAGUAAGUCUAUGUGGCGGUGCAGAGAGCCAGCAGACGCCAAGAUGUCUGCGCACGAUACGGACCGCACGUCGUCCAUCGUCAGGCAGAUCUCCCAGCAGAGACUCAUGAUCCUCAGGAAGAGGAGGAGUGGUCUCAGUAUCUCCCUGGGAACACAGGACAACGGUAGGAAUGGCCUCUGA